AUGGCAGCCAACGAGGCUAGUGAGCAAGGCAGCCUCAUUGAAUAUAAAUCAGGGCAAGAUGAGCGUAUCACGCAAAUCGGGGCCGUGAUCUCGGAUUUCGAUCACAAAGGGUCGAGUCGCCGAGCACCGAGAACUUUGUGCGAUGUGGAGCUACGAGGUUGCGAAACAGAGUCUUCCGGGAUUCCGUGUCAUCGCAAUGCGCUCAGUGAGCACAGUGCGUACUUCCGCAACAUGUUCCUGUCGGGAAUGAAGGAAUCUACGGAGCAGGUCAUACAGCUGCAGAACAUCUCAUGCUCUGUUCUUUCCGUGCUGGUUGAUUAUUGCUAUACGACGGAUAUUCACGUCAACGAAAGCAAUGUGGAGCCAUUACUGAUUGCUGCGUCGUUUCUGAGUAUGGAUUCCGUCCUGGACAUCUCUUGGCAGUUCUUGGAGGAUCGCAUGCAAGUCAGCAAUUGCAUGACGUUGUACAGCCUCGCGGAGUCCGAUGCGCACAAGAAUCCCGUCUUAGCCGGCAAAGCCAGGGCUUUCAUUUCCAAACAUUUUGUUGGCGUGUCCCACGGACCGGAACUCCUGGAAGCGCCGAAGAAUACGAUUAUUGAGCUGAUUCGUUCGGAUGCCUUGUGCGUGCCGCGGGAAGAUGAUGUACUGGUUGCCGUUGUUCGCUGGCUGCAGCACGAUUUCGAGCAGCGGCGCCGCGAGUUUUGGGAGAUAUUGCAGUACAUUCGGACGAAGUAUCUCGGUCCACAAGCCAGUGACGAUUACUUGCUGGCCUGCAUUAACGCCGUCAGGGAUUACUCUGGCGCAGAAGAGGCUCUGCAUCGGUCAGAACAGCUGAAAGUCCUGCCGGGUCAUAUCACGGAGGCGUCUUCCUUCCGUCACACUGCUAGAAAAUCCUACGGUUACGAGAACGUUAUUGUUUGUGCCGGGGGUCACCAGGAUUCAUCCUGGACAUCUCUGCUGGACAGCGUAGAAUGUUUCAACCCUCGGACGAUGGGAUGGAGAAGUUUACCCAAGCUACCGUCCAGAGUGGCCAAAGGAGGUCUCGCGGUCCUCAAUCGGGACUUGUUCGUGUGCGGCGGAAUUAUUGGUUACGUGGUUGCGAGGGUGACGGGGCGGACGUUGCACUAUAACAGCGCUCUUGGUGUUUGGAAUAACGUGGCGCCCAUGAACACUAACCGCGGAGAUCUCGGUGUGGUGGCUGUUGGCCAGCACAUUUACGCUAUUGGUGGUCACGGCACGGACACUCAUACGCUAGCCACCGUGGAGCGCUACGAUGCAGUCGCCAAUCAGUGGACGUACGUGGCACCGUUACCAACGCCUUUGGAGAAGUUCGCGGUUGCCACUUUCGAAGGGCAGAUAUUCGCUUUUGGCGGUUGUACAUCGAAUGAAAACACUGCUGGCGACACCGGGCUCCUCAAUUAUGUUGCCUCUAAUUCUGCGUUUUCUUAUGAUUCGAAAUCGAAUACCUGGCUGGAGCUGCCUAAGAUGCCGACUGCGCGGUAUCGCGCUUCCGCCUGCGUCGGAUCCGACGGAUGGCUUUAUGUUAUUGGUGACAUGCGCCGUCCGCUGUUUUCCGCCGGAACGUGGUGCAUCGGCGACAAAAUCUAUGUUCUGGGAGGUCUUAACGGUACGGUUGGUCUAAAAACGAUCGAAGUUUACGAUAUAAUUUCGGACACAUGGACGACCAGUGAAAGCCAGUUGAUGAACGGAAAGUGGGCUUUUGGCUCUGCUUUAGUUGAAAUUGCCAAGGAAAGUAGCCAGGAGUUUUAUGUAUAA